AUGUCACAUCCUCAAAUCCAUCCUCUUCAUCUUACUCCCUUCGACGAACUUCCGAAUAAGCGGCAAGUUUGGCCUUAUCCUAAGAAUUCCCGGGAAGAGGGUCUGGGCCGUCUUGUACUCUUGACACCUGAUGUGGUAGCUUCCGCCGCUGCAGACCUCAUCCGUACUGGGGACCGCGUAAACCUCGGUUGGGAACUGAACAAACUCGAAAUUGCUAACUUCGGACGUCAACCAUGCAAGCACGAGCUUAUAAGUAUACUGGAUGGCGUUGCCUUCGACGAUAUCUAUACUUUUAAUCCUCAGCAAAGUAGUCAGUGGGAUGGUCUGCGACACUUUUCCCAAACAGACCCGACCAAAGAAAACCCCAGCAGGAGAGUAUUCUAUGGCGGAGUUACAAAGGAAGAGAUCUUGGAACCAAAGAAUGCUCGUAUUGGAAUGCAAUGUUGGGCUAAAGAAGGUAUUUGUGGCCGAGGCAUCUUGCUCGAUUAUGCUGCGUAUGCGGAGAAAAGAGGUAUUCAGUAUUCGAACUUUAGCGACCACUUCAUUCCCCUCAGCGCACUCUUGGAGAUUGCAAAGGAAUCGAACCUUUCCUUCAAGCGUGGUGACAUUCUCUUUGUACGGACUGGUCUCACCAAGGAAUGGGACACUAAGAUGAGCAUUGAGAGUAAGAACGAGUACGCCACCACAAAGACACCACUACAUGCUGGAGUUGAAGGGACUGAAGCUAUGCUUCGUUGGAUUUGGAACUCCGGCUUCGCUGCUGUUGCUUCGGAUAGUCUCUCAUUCGAAAUUUAUCCGCCGAAAAAGUCCUAUCCCCGUGGGGAAGAUCAGAGCGAUUUCCCUGGUCUCUUCAUGCAUGAGUAUUUACUUGCGGGUUGGGGCAUGCCUAUUGGGGAGCUGUUUGACCUAGAGGGAUUGAGUGAGAUGUGUAAGAGGCAUCGAAGGUGGGAUUUCUUCGUCGCAAGUGCUCCUUUCAAUAUGCCUGGGGGUGUCAGUAGCCCGCCGAACUGUGUCGCAAUCUUUUGA